CCUUCUUCCUAUCUAGAUGUCAAACAGCGUCUCAAUGCUGCUGUAACUAUUAGAUCUCUAAUUCAUCCUGACAAGUUUAUAAUAGUAGUGGAGCACGAUUUAUCGGUUUUGGACUAUCUGUCCGAUUUCAUUUGUUGCCUAUAUGGCGUUCCCGGGGCAUAUGGAGUCGUUACCAUGCCUUUUUCCGUAAGAGAAGGAAUAAACAUUUUCCUCGAUGGGUUUGUUCCCACGGAAAAUUUACGAUUUCGUGAAGAAUCUCUUGUGUUUAAAGUAGCAGAAAGUGCAACUGAGGAAGAAGUGAAACGCAUGAAUCACUACGAGUAUCCUGCUAUGUCAAAAACAAUGGGAUCAUUUAAGUUGAAUGUCGAGAAAGGGCAAUUCACCGAUUCGGAAAUACUUGUUCUAUUAGGAGAAAAUGGGACUGGUAAAACAACGUUUAUCAGAAUGCUGGCAGGCAACUUACCUCCGGAUGAUGGAUCAGAAAGUAUCCCUCAACUUCACAUCAGUUAUAAACCACAAAAGAUAAGCCCCAAAUCCCAAGGCAUUGUCAGACAACUGUUACACGAGAAGGUCCGAGACGCAUACGUGCAUCCUCAAUUUGUAACUGAUGUAAUGAAGCCUUUGAAGAUCGACGAUAUCAUGGAUCAAGAAGUGCAGAAUCUUUCUGGUGGAGAGUUACAGCGAGUCGCUCUAGCCCUUUGCCUUGGAAAGCCAGCUGAUGUUUAUUUGAUUGACGAGCCAUCCGCGUAUUUGGAUUCCGAACAACGUUUAGUUGCUGCAAAGGUCAUCAAGAGAUUUAUAUUACACGCAAAGAAAACAGGAUUUGUAGUGGAACACGAUUUCAUCAUGGCUACAUAUUUAGCUGAUCGUGUAAUAGUAUUUUCCGGUAUACCGUCCUUAAUGACAACUGCUCAUAGUCCUCAAUCUUUGUUAAACGGUAUGAACCGAUUUCUGGAACUAUUGGGCAUCACUUUCAGAAGAGAUCCCAACAACUUUAGACCAAGGAUCAAUAAGAAUCAAUCGGUAAAAGACUUGGAUCAGAAAAGAGCUGGACAGUAUUUCUUUUUGGAAGAAUAAGAUAUACAGUGUCAUAAUAGUGCAAGUCAAAUGCACAUAUAAGAUAUUGUUAAGGACAUUUUUUUAAUCUUUAUACUUUUUAAAUGCCAGGAAUAUGAGCAGACAAUGUAUUUUGUAUUAAGAUAUUAAUGCUAUACGUUCUAGGUAAUUAUUUGGAAUAUUAUUCAAUGAAAAUGUCACUUUAGCAAGAGUAAUAAUUAUUUUAUUUUGCAAAUAACGCAAAAUAUAUAAUUACGUAUACAGCUACAGGACACUUAAUUUAUAAGAGGAUGUAGAAUGGAUUAUUUGAAGAUAAAGUUGAGAAUGUAUUGUAAAAACGAAUUUCUCAUAAGUAUAUUCGUCAAACUAUAUAAUUUGCACAUAUCUAAUAUAGAAUAAGAUUCUAAUAUUCCCUGAACAUAUUUACAUGUACGUCCGUUAUAAGAACGAAAUAAUAUUAAAUUGCAAACAAUAUAUAUAAACGA